AUGGUACACCUUGUGGCUGUACCAGAGACAAUCAUGGCAAGUGGCUGUGCUUGUGUCUUUAUUGACACCAUCUUCCGACUUCAUGGGUUGCCCCGUGAACUCGUAUCAGACAGAGAUCCACGAUUCACUGCUGAUUUCUGGCGCUCCGUGUUCAAAUCACUCGGAACGCGCUUGAAGAUGUCAACAUCUGAUCAUCCAGAGUCAGAUGGUCAGACGGAAAGUGCCAAUCGUGUCCUCGAAGAGAUACUUCGAGGAUACGUACACCCCUUUAAGAGUUGGAGUGAUUUCUUGCCAAUGGUAGAGUUUGCCAUCAACAACUCGGUGCAUGCGUCCACGACACAUACACCGUUUUACGUGAAUGGCUUGCGCCAUCCGCGUGUACCCACCUUACUAGAGUGUAACUCUGGUCUAAGGGGGGAGAGACUCGCGCGAGCAAAAGACCGAUUUGGUUCACGCUCAUCACGCUCUGACGAAGAGGUCACUGCGUUUGAUGCCGAUAUCGACAACAUCGAUAUCGAAGAAGAUGAUGCCAGUGAGAGUGCGGAAGCCCUCACUGAAGACAAUGAUCCCUGCGGAAGCCCUCACUGA